GUCCGGAGGUGCCAUCCGCCACCUUCUUCACUGCGCUGCUCUCGUUGCUGGUGUCCGGGCCCCGCCUGUUCCUGCUACAGCCACCCCUGGCGCCUUCUGGCCUCUCGCUGAAGUCUGAGGCCCUGCGCAACUGGCAAGUUUUGGAAGUACUCAACAAUAAUGAAGUAUUCUUCAAAUAAUGAAGCCUUCUGGAGAUGGCCUGACUGAGCCACUAUGGAAGGAGAGGUCAGGAUUACAGCUGAGGAGACUGGCACACAGAGUUAAGUAACACCCAUUCAAUCUACCCUGAAGCUGUCACAAUUAAUUAACACUCAAACUGCCCAGUGAGGUAGGUCAGUUUUAAAACUUAAAAAAGGAUUAUAAAGUACUUUACAAAUUCAGAGGCCACCCCAUGCCAAAAACUAUUAUAUUUUUCCCAUAUGGAAGUCAGAUACUGAGACUUGCUCCAGGUCUGGAAAAGAACAAGGAUUAGAUAUUCGUGGCUCUAUAUUGUCUCUUUGAGUCCUUCAUUGUUACCUCCCACUGCUUGUCUUGGCUUCAGCUGAUUUUCACUGGCUUUCAUUUCUCUAACAUGGGGCUGCUCUCCCCUCUUCUAGAUGGCUUAUAACCUGGCUAUCCCCCCUUGGAGCAACCCAGCAUCAGGCCUCUAACCCAGCUUCCUCUUUAGUUUACAGGCUGGUGACCUACAUCUUUGUCUAUGAGAAUCCGAUCUCCCUGCUCUGCGGUGCCAUCAUCAUCUGGCGCUUUGCUGGCAAUUUUGAGAGAACCGUGGGCACCGUCCGCCACUGCUUCUUCACCUUGAUCUUCGCCGUCUUCUCUGCUAUCAUCUUCUUGUCGUUUGAGGCUGUGUCAUCACUAUCAAAGCUGGGGGAGGUGGAGGAUGCCAGAGGUUUCACCCCAGUGGCUUUUGCCAUGCUGGGAGUCACCUCUGUCCGCUCCCGGAUGAGGCGGGCCCUAGUGUUUGGUGUGGUUGUGCCCUCAGUACUGGUGCCAUGGCUCUUGCUAGGCGCCUCUUGGCUCAUUCCCCAGACCUCUUUCCUCAGUAAUGUCUGUGGACUUUCAAUUGGGCUAGCAUAUGGCCUCACUUACUGCUAUUCCCUCGACCUCUCAGAGCGAGUAGCAUUGAAGCUUGAUCAGAAGUUCCCCUUCAGCCUGAUGAGGAGGAUAUCCAUGUUCAAGUACAUCUCAGGAUCUUCAGCGGAAAGAAGGGCAAUCCAGAGCCGGAAGCUGAACCCUGUGCCCGGCUCCUAUCCCACACAGAGCUGUCACCCUCACCUGUCCUCAAGCCACCCUGUCACCCAGAUGCAGCAUGCCAGUGGUCAGAAACUAGCUGCCUGGCCCACCUGUGCUCCUGGGCACAUGCCCAGCCUGCCUCCCUACCAGCCUGCCUCUGGCCUAUGUUAUGUGCAGAACCAUUUUGGUCCCAACCCCAAUUCCUCCAAUGUCUACCCAGCUUCUGUGGGAACCUCCCUGGGGAUCCAGCCCCCCAUCAGCUGCCCUGGCACAGUAUAUUCUGGGGCCCUGGGCACUCCAGGGGCUAUAGGCUCCAAGGAGUCCUCAAAGGUCCCAAUGCCCUGAGAGUAUUUCUAAGGAAGUUAUCUCAUAUCUUGGCCUUCUGAAGAAGAUCCUCUGAACUCAGAUUUUCUAGACAGAUUAUUUAUUGAACACCCCUGUGUGCCAGGCUCUGUGUUGACUUCUUUGAGAAAUGUCCCUAUUUCAGUCUCAUUUGUGCUCAUGGCAGCUUCGUGAAGUACCCUUUGCUGUUGCCAGUUUACAGAUGCAUAAGGUGAGACAGUCUGUGCUUGCACCAAGCCACGUGGUUCUGGAGUGACACAGCUGGGCUUCUCAGCCCCAGGUCCCCAGCUCCUAGAGAACACGUGGGAGAAGAGGGCAGUAGCUGCCCCACCAUCCUUCCUGUCAUUGUGUGCCAUGCUCUUGGUUAUAGUGUCCUGUGUCUGUGUCUCUGCCCUUCAGGAGCUCCCAGCUGGUGUGCUUGGCACUCCCCUAGCCUGUAGAAUAUCUCCCCCUCCUUAGUCCUCCCUACCCAGACUCCUCUACCCUAGAAGCAAUGAGAAUGAGCCCACGUGAGCUGCAGCAGCAUGCUGGUGGACCCACAGUGUUGAUUACCUUUGUGUAAAGAAAUAAUGUCCAACUUGCACAUAA